CACCCCACCUCUUCUCCCUACCACCAGCACCCACACAUUCAGAUUUCCAGGAACAGAAUUUCAAAAGAUGGUUCUAGAUUUAGAUCUUAAUGGUCCUCCUAGGGUUGAAGAUCUUUUAGUAAUGGACAAUGGCAUUCAUGUGAAUACAAAUUUAGAGCUUGGCCUUCCACGAUUGCAAGUCAUGGCAAAUUCUGAUGCUCCAGAUGAUGAUGUUGUGAUAUGCUCACCAAGAAGCUUUGUCGAGGCUAAGAAAAAGUCAAGGAGGAACCAUCCUGUAAUAGAAGUUUUAGAUGAAGAAUCUGAUGCAAACCAAGGACCUCCAGGGGCAGUUUUUGGCAAUCCUGGCAUCAAUAGACGAUGGAAAGAUCCAAGAAGGAACAAAGCAAGUGUUUUGUGCAUAGACUUGGAAGCUCCCAUGCAAAGGGAGGGUUAUAACAGGCAGCAAAGAAUGGUGGCCCGCCAGCCAGCAGCGGCGGCUCAACCAAAACCACCAGCCUUUAGUUGCCCGAUUUGUAUGGGGCAGUUUGUGGAAGAGACGUCGACCAAGUGUGGACACAUUUUCUGUAAGAAAUGUAUCUUCGCCGCAAUAGCUGCCCAGGGGAAGUGCCCCACCUGUAGAUACCAUCCAUUCAAAGAAAAAGACACUUUCAGGAUUUACCUUCCUACAUCAUAUUAACAACAUCAUAAGAUUCCAAAGUGUUGUUGCAGGGUCUAACUUUUCUAAUUUUUUGAUGACUUGGGGAUUCUCUUUGAUCUUCAUAUCCCUCUCUUUGGAGCAAGAAAGACAUGGGGGUAGGUUUUUGUUUCAAUUGAUAAGAUGAAUAAUUAUGUUUUUUUUAUGGGUGACCAUUUUGUCAAACCCAAAGACAAAGUGAAGCAAUUUUUUUCUUGAGAAGUGAAUUUCAGUGUUGUUUUUUGAGUUCCAUUGUGUUAUUGUCUGUCUUUGU